AUGGAUACUUAUGAUCAUUAUGGUAUGAAUUAUCUUCAAAAUGAUAACCGCGGUAGUCAAAAUGAUGUGUCACUAUAUAUAGAAAAUUUUUCGAAAAAGAUGCCUCCAAAUCGCUAUCUGCCCAAUGAAUCCUGUCGUGUUUGUGGUUUCGAAAAAACCACCGGUCGUAAUUUUGGUGUUAUAACUUGUUCAACUUGUAAAGCAUUUUUUCGAAGAAAUGGCCGUAUUGGUUCAUCAUUGCCACCUUGCCGUUUUGGCGGUCAAUGUCCUAUUAAUGAACGAACACGUCGUCAAUGUCCAUCAUGUCGUUUAGUAAAAUGUUUUGCUGUUGGCAUGCAAAAAGAUUUAAUUCGAACAGAAGAAGAACGUGCAGCUCGAUUGGAAUUAGUUAAAGUCAAUCGUUUACAACGAUAUGACAAAUCAAAUCGAAAGAAACCUGCCGAUUCCAAUGAAACCGUUUGCUCAAAUAAUAAAUCAACUACACAAAUAUUAUCAUCAAAUGAUUGGAUACAAUUAAAAAAUAUUCGUAGUGCCUAUGAGCAUUUUUGUUUAUAUCCUAUUUUACGUUCCGAAGAAGACCGUGAAGAGUAUUUAAAUGCUCAACCAAUUAAAUGUCGUUUAAAAGAACAUUCAUUUGUAAAUGCAUUAAAUGCACGUUUAUUAUCGUUAGUUGCAUUUUUUCGUGCAACUAUACCGAUGUUUUCAACUGAGCUGAAUAUUUAUGAUCAACAAUGGUUGGUUCGUACGAAUUUACGUUAUUUAUUUACAUUUUCUUCUAUGGAUCUAAUGAAUAUAAGCGGAAAUCAACUUUAUUUUGACGAGAAUAGAGCCUGUCAUAAUGUUCAUCUGUAUGUUUAUGGACCAGAUUUAAUAAAGCGUGAAAGAAACUUAAUACAAAAAUUAAAUGAUUCCAUUGGUUGUGAUACAAUUAUAAGUAAAAUUAUGCAAAUUAUUUUGUUUCUAUCACCAUGUUUAGCCACUAAUUAUUUGCCAACGACAAGUAUUUAUCAGCCGUCAUUAGAAACAAUCUUGCAUAUAAUUCAUUCACAAGAACAGUAUACUCAAGUAAUAUGGACAUAUUUGAUUUAUCGUUAUGGAGAACUUGACGCACACAAACUAUUCAUGAUAAUUGUCGGACACGUUUUACAACAGCAGAUUUAUGGAGUUGAUGUUGAUAAAAAAUUAAUUGGAACACAACCAUUUGGAAAUCUUAUUUAUUCGAUAUUAACAACAUUUUCAAUGGAUUAA